CCCCAUUUGUAUACAGCAACAGACCGAAGAGAUCAGUACAUGUGGUGAUGCUCAUCGUGGCACAGGUGAAGCAGUAAUGGGUAGGAUGGCGUCCGACUCAGACAAGUUUUCUGCGUGGAUUCUCGUCUUCCUUUCGCUGUCCCCUCAUGUAUCACUGGCUCCAACCUCCUCACAGAUUGACGGGAAUGCCACUCUGAGUCAGGUGUGUGCAGAUGGUACAUACCAGCACGAAGGGAACACCUGCUGCCUGUGUGGUGCAGGCCAGCGGCUGGAGAGACACUGCACUGUAAAACAAUAUGAUGAGGUAUGCAAGCCGUGUGAUGCUGGGACAUACAUCAGUCAACCUAAUUCCCAGCAGCACUGUGAGCCCUGCACAUCCUGCGACCACCCCAAUGCGAAUCUAGAAGUGGCUGAAGCCUGUACAGCUGCCAGGAAUACCAAAUGCCGUUGCAAAGAGGAUCACUAUUGCAGCAGUGGCACAGAGACUUGCAGAAUCUGCCACCCUUGUGAAAAAUGUGAUGCUGAGGGAGUCAAAGUAGCCUGUACAGCCACCAAUAACACAGUCUGCAACGACAAAACUGAAGGGGAAAAUAGCUUGACAGGGAUCACCAUAGCUGUCAUAGUUGUUUUAGUUGCAUUAGGAGUUGGACUCUACUGUCUCUGGAGAAGAUUUCGUCAGGCCGCACCAGAACACGGUGCAGAAAAUGGGGAGUUGGAGCCUCUGAAAGAUAUUGAGGCCCACAUGCCUGAGAUUGCAGAAGUCCUUGGAUGGAAAAAUAUGCGGGAUAUUGCAUUACGCGGUGGGAUAUCACAGACUGUUAUCGAGACUUGUAAGCAGAACCAUCCCAAUGACGGUGAGGAGCAGACACUCCAACUCCUAAUGAGAUGGGUGGAGCAGCAAGGCAGUGAUGCCUCUAAAACACUGGUACAAAUGCUACAAGAUAGAGGCAAAAUGCAAGCAGCAGAGAAGGUGAGAAAUAUAUUGCGUCGUGGUGGCACUGCUGGAUCAAACAGUCUUGCUUGAAUGUGUCUAUUGGGAGCACUUUGUAAGUAUUUGCAAUGCUGUCUACUGAGCUAAUUGCUAUUCUCAAAUCCACCAUUUGAGAUGUUUACAUGAUAGGGUUGGCCUACGAAUAUUGAUUUAAGAUUUUAAGUGAUAAGUCUUGGUCUUCUCUGUUUUUACUUGAAUUUUUUAAAAGGAGAAUUUAGAUUAGAUUUUGUAGAAUUACUAGGAUGUACAGUGAUGUUACAGAGGGAACAACGUGGAGUAAUCAUGAUUAUCUGUAGCUUAUUUUAUUAAAUUAUGGAUUGAGAGGUUUUCUGUAUUGUUUCAUUGUAAAGAUUAGAUUAGAUUACACUGCAUGCACUGAGUGACACCUGCCUUCUAGUGCUCGUAUAGGAACGUUAAACGUGGUAUUUUUGGGUGCCAAACAGCUUGCCACAGCAAUAAACCAAAAAUGUAUGUCACAUGGAUUUUAGUUUCCUAUCUGUUGUGAAAUUGUGAUUGAUCUACUUCUGGUCAUCUGAUGCUGAUGGUUAACAUAAUUAUCGUAAUUGAUAAGCAUCAUGAUUACUGCCAGUCAAAUUUUGGUUGAUCAACUAGCUGUUGCAGCUCAGAUUUUGCACUCUGUCUGGCCAUAUUUUAAGGUGUUACCCUUUAGUAAGAAAAAAGUAAAAAAAAAAAAAAAAAAUAGCUGAUCCAUAUGUGCAUCAAAAUCAUUGAUUAAUUUUGUCAAUUUUCACUUGACAAAUUAGUGUAACUCUAUACUUGACUGGAGCUGAUUAGCCACUUCCAGUUCUAAAAGCUAUUCCCCAGUAUUUAUAGGGGUUUAGUUGCUCAUAUUCGAGUUCCACUUUCUCUAAAAGAGUGACGACGUAAUCAGCAUUGACAAGAAGUUAGAGUUGUGGAAAGUGAUCCAAAAAAAGUGUGUUGUUUUGUGAAACUUUGGGGGUGAAACGUUAUGUACUGAACUACUGACAUCUAAACACCAGAUAAACUUCAUCAGAUUGAUGUUCCUGGUGUUCCUGUCCCGUAAAUCUGUGAGAAGAGAAGUCGAUUACUUUAGCACAGUUAUUUCAGGUCUGCUCAUUAGCCUGUCUACUUUCACUUCUCAUAAAAGAAACACUGAUACCAACUUUUCACAUUGGGUAGUGGUGCUGUAAAAGAAUCAUCUAAGUAAUUUGCUAUGGCAUCCAGACAUCACAUUAGACACAUUAGUAUUUUUUCUACAGCAGCUUCACAUCAUCAUCAGUGUCGAGGAAAUUCUGCUCAGUUCUGUUUUAUAGUUCUUUGUUUUGAAAAGACUAUAAGAGAAUGAAAGGAAGGAAAGAACGAAGCUUAUGCAAACACAUCGGCUGGGGAACGGGUGGAAAUUAAUGAAGGGAUGCAGCUGCGUAUCUGAGAUAAGAUUAGUAAGAGUUACUGCUUUGAAAUGAAUUACUAAUAAACAAAGUAACUUGUAUGAAGAAAGGUGAAUGUAAUGGCUUAAUUAAUGAUAAUUAGAUCCUACUGGCUGAACUUUCUUUUUCAUGUGAUGGCUCUGCACCUUUUAAUAACCUUAAUGGAACCUCUAACUGUUGUUGCUUUUGGAUUGGUGUUAUGGAAAAAGAAAGGGAAGGAAGGAAAGAAAGAAAAAUCUGUCUCUCAGUAAUAUUUAUUUCAAUUAUAGACUGAAGGUGAUGAGUGAAAUCAGAUGAUCAGUAUCAGUAUGAAUUUAAAGACUUUUAAAGAAACACAAUAUCACUUUUUAAUGACUUUUUGUGUGUAGUAGUGAUUCUGCAUGGAAGAUGGAAGAUCAUUAGUGCUAGUCCAAAAUUGUAACUUCAUGAUGUGGUAAUACAAGUUUGGCCUCCUGCUUCACCAAAGGUUUUUUUGCCAUAUUGUAACAUAAGUGUGGUGUCAUCUCCAAAAUCAGGAGUGGUCCAAAGGGAGGAUGUGAGGACAUGUUUUCCUCACAUUUUUUCAGUGCUACAUGCUCAAAUUGGCAUUGGUAAUGUGUAGUGAGUCAGUAUGAAAUGACUUUAACAGAAGCCUGACCCUUGUAAAAUCUGACCUCUGUGUAUGUAUCAUUUUGUAGAAUUACUAGGAUGUACAGUGAUGUUACAGAGGGAACAACGUGGAGUAAUCAUGAUUAUCUGUAGCUUAUUUUAUUAAAUUAUGGAUUGAGAGGUUUUCUGUAUUGUUUCAUUGUAAAGAUUAGAUUAGAUUACACUGCAUGCACUGAGUGACCAUGUGUAUCCAUAAUUACCAACAAUUCUGCUCAUGAGACUGUGAAAUUGGAUUUGAUGUUUGUUUAAACUGUAUCUGAUAUUA